GGCUGCUGCGCCAUCGCCAGGGACCGCCGCUCGCCAGCCGGCAAGUCCUCCGCCCACAGGCGAUGUGAAGCCCAGGCUCCGGGGCCCGCCUCACUGUCCGCUUCUCCCCGCUGCCGCAGACUGUCCAGGCCGGCGCUGAGCCCCGCCAUGGAGGACGGGCGCGAGCUGGACCUCACCUACGUCACCGAGCGCAUCAUCGCAGUGUCCUUCCCCGCCGGCUGCUCCGAGGAGUCCUACCUGCACAGCCUGCAGGAGGUGACGCGCAUGCUGAGGUCCAAGCACGGCGACAACUACCUGGUGCUGAACCUCUCCGAGAAGAGAUACGACCUCGCCAGGCUCAACCGGAAGGUGCUGGACGUGGGCUGGCCCGAGCUGCACGCGCCGCCCCUGGACAAGGUGUGCGCCAUCUGCAAGGCACAGGAGUCCUGGCUGCACAGCCACCCGCAGCACGUGGUCGUCAUCCACUGCAGGGGCGGGAAGGGGCGCAUCGGCGUGGUGAUCGCCUGCUACAUGCACUUCACCAACGUCUCCGCCAGCGCCGACCAGGCCCUCGACAGGUUUGCCAUGAAGAAGUAUUACGACGACAAGGUCUCGGCCCUGAUGCAGCCCUCCCAGAAGCGGUACGUCCAGUUUCUCAGCGGGCUGCUGUCGGGGACGGUGAAGAUGAACGCCUCACCCCUGUUCCUGCAUUUCGUCAUCCUGCACGGCACCCCCAACUUCGACACGGGCGGGGCGUGCAGGCCCUUCCUGAAGCUGUACCAGGCCAUGCAGCCCGUCUACACCUCGGGGGUCUACAACGUGGGCCCCGAAAACCCGAGUCGCAUCUACAUCGCCAUCGAGCCGGCCCAGCUCCUGAAAGGGGACGUCAUGGUGAAGUGCUACCACAAGAAGUACCGCUCGGCCACCCGUGACGUCAUCUUCCGCCUGCAGUUCCACACGGGCGCCGUGCAGGGCUGCGGCCUGGUGUUCGGGAAGCAGGACCUGGACAGCGCCUGCCAAGAUGACCGCUUUCCUGCCAGCGGGAAGAUCGAGCUGGUGUUCUCGGCCUCCCCCGAGAGGAUUCAAGGCUGUGAGCAUUUCCGCAGCGACCAUGGCGUGAGCGUAGACUUCAACACGGCCGACCCCCUGAUCCGCUGGGACUCCUACGAGAACCUGGGAGCUGACGGCGAAGUGCUGCACACGCAGGGCCCCGUGGACGGCAGCUUGUACGCCAAGGUGAGGAAGAAGAGCGCCCCGGACCCCGGCGUCCUGGGGGGGGCCCCAGCCGUCCCCGCCGCCAGCAGCCCGGACCACAGCGACCACACCCUCUCAGUGAGCAGCGACUCGGGCCACUCCACGGCCUCGGCGCGGACCGACCGGACCGAGGAGCCCCCGGCCCCGGGACCCCAGCGGGGUCUGAGCCCCCGGGAGAAGGCCGAGCUGGAUCAGCUGCUCAGUGGCUUUGGCCUAGAAGAUUCCAGAAGCCCCCUCAAGGACAUGACCGAUGCCUGCAGCAAGAUCAGCGGGACGCGUCACGUCGUGCCGGCCCAGGUCCACGUGAACGGGGACGCCACGCCGAAGGACCGGGAGACGGACAUCCUGGACGACGAGGUGCCCGGCCACGACCUGCGCAGCGUGGGCAGCGUGGGGACCCUCUCCUCCUCGGAGGGACACCCGUCGGCCGCCCUGGGCCCCUUCGCCGGCCACCAGAGCAGCCACAACUCGCUCCUGUCGGACGGAUUUGGCGGCAGCGCCGGAGAAGACCAGCACGGCGCCCACGUCCCGGACCUGGGCCUCGGCGGGGAGCCCUUGUACGCUCGGGAGGCGUUCGGGGGCUGUGAGCCCAAGCAGCCGCAGCCCGCGCUCCGGGCGCCCUGCGCGCUGGCCCAGACGCAGGCCUACGAGCCGAGCGGCUACUCCACGCAGACCUGGGUGCGCCAGCAGCAGAUGGUGGCCACCCACCAGUACAGCUUCGCCCCCCACGGGGAGGCCCGGCUCGUCGCCCGAGGCACGGCGGACAGCCCCCGCGUGGCGCAGGCCCAGCCGGGGCUCCCGGUCAUCCCCACCCGGGGGGCCAGCAGCGGACCACACCCCCCUGAAGCCCAGCGGCCCUCCCCCGGCAAAGCCAGGCUCCCAGGCGUCAGCGUUGUCAACGGGACUGGCCCGGAGCCCGGCCCGGCCCCCUCCCCGGGCUCCCCGACCCUGGACAUCGACCAGUCCAUCGAGCAGCUCAACAGGCUGAUCCUGGAGCUGGACCCCACCUUCGAGCCCCUCCCCACCCACAUGAACAAGCUGGGCAGCCUGGCCGGCGGCCGCCUGCAGGACCGAGGAGAGGACCCCGGCAGGGCCCCCGGGCAGCAAGGCUCCCCGGGGGACGAGCUGCUGCGCAGAAGGCUCCGGAAGCCGAGCCUCGGGCAGUACGACAACGACACGGGAGGGCCGGCCUUCUCCCAGGGCGGGUGGGGCACACCCCUGGGCGCGGAGCGGGCUCCGGGCCGGGCGCCUUUCCUGUCGCCAGCAGAUGCCAAGGAGACGGUGACCCCUGCGCAUCCUCCAAACCUCGAUGAGGGUGGGGUUGACGGCAGGGCCUUCUCUCCGAGCAAGACCGGCAGCGGCUCUGCGUCGCCCACCCCGGCGUUUCCCGUGUCUCCGCUGACACCGUACGUGACCACGCCCCCGCACCACCCCGCGUUCAGCCCGCCCGGGCCCCAGACGGGCAGCGCCAGCGGCCUGUACAGAGCGGCUCACGAGCCGCACAGCGGCCCCGAGGCCCUCGCUCGCUCCGUGGGGAUGUCCGAGAGCCCCGUGGGGCCCAGACCCUCAGCGCCGCCCUUCCCACGGGCCUUCACCGCCUCCUGCACCACCGCCAGCGGCAGCCCCGGCUCUGGGAGGGACAGCCCCCUGUCUGCCGAGCACCCGUGGGUGGACACCAGCCCCAAACUGACGCCGGCCCUGCCUGGGAGCAGCCGGCCCCCCAGAAGCCUCCUGGGCCCCAGCGAGUUCCCGGGUCCCGGCCAGGACAGGCCCGGCCCCGGGCGGCCUCACCUCCCGCCCGCCGAGCUCCCGCCCGCCUUCCGCGGCCACGCGCUGUCGCUGGCGGAGCCUCCCGAGGCGCUGGACCCUGCGAGCAGCCCGGCCUUCCUGGGCUUCGGCGCAGCCCCCGGGGGAGGCGGCCUGCCCCCUGCGGAGGCCCCGGGGGCCCUGCGGGCAGCUGCAGCGACUUCGGACAAUGGCUUCCUGCCCCCCUUCCUCCCGGUGGGGCCCGGCCACGGCCACGGCCACGGCCCCCUGACCGGGCAGCCGCCGCUCCCCGAGAAGAAGCGGGCCUCGGAGGGCGACCACUCCCUCGGUUCCGUCUCCCCGACCUCCAGCGGCUUCUCCAGCCCCCACAGCGGAAGCACCAUGAGCAUCCCCUUCCCCAGCGUGCUCCCCGACUUUUCCAAGCCCCCCGAGGCGGCGGCUCCUUCUCCGGAAAACCCCGGUGAGAAGCAGGUGACGGUGAGCUUUGUGCAGGACACCUCCAGGUUCUGGUACAAGGCGGACAUCUCCAGGGAGCAAGCCAUCGCCAUGCUGAGGGACAAGGAGCCCGGCUCCUUCGUGGUGCGGGACAGCCACUCCUUCCGGGGCGCCUACGGCCUGGCCAUGAAGGUGGCCACGCCCCCACCCUCCGUCCUGCAGCUGCCCAAGAAAGCCGGUGACUUGGCCAACGAGCUGGUCCGGCACUUCCUGGUCGAGUGCACCCCGAAGGGCGUGCGGCUGAAGGGCUGCUCCAACGAGCCCUACUUCGGGAGCCUGACGGCCCUGGUGUGCCAGCACUCCAUCACGCCCCUGGCGCUGCCCUGCAAGCUGCUCAUCCCCGACAGAGACCCACUGGAGGAAGUGACCGACAGCCCUCCCCAGACGGCGGCCAACUCCGCGGCCGAGCUGCUGAAGCAGGGCGCAGCCUGCAACGUGUGGUACCUGAGCUCCAUGGAGAUGGAGUCGCUCACGGGCCCCCAGGCCGUGCAGAAGGCCCUGAGCGCCACCCUGGCCCAGCAGCCGCCGCCCCUGUCGACGGUCGUGCACUUCAAGGUGUCAGCCCAGGGCAUCACCCUGACGGACAACCAGAGGAAGCUCUUCUUCCGGAGGCACUACCCCGUGAGCAGCGUCAUCUUCUGUGCGCUGGACCCGCAGGACAGGAAGUGGGUCGCGGACAGCCAGGAGUGCAGAGUCUUUGGGUUUGUGGCCCGGAAGCAAGGCAGCGCCACGGACAAUGUGUGCCACCUGUUUGCGGAGCACGACCCUGAGCAGCCCGCCAGCGCCAUCGUCAACUUCGUGUCCAAGGUCAUGAUCGGCUCCCCGAGGAGGAUCUGAGGCCCUCACGGCCGGGCCACCGGCUGGGCCCCUGCUGGGCCCCUGUGGUGACCCCAACAUCUGGCUCCUCCAACUUCCCGAGACCAGCACCACCCAACCCCUUCCCGAGACGGACACGCCCAUGCGUCCGCAGCCGAGCUUUCUGGGCAGAAUGGGCACCAGGGCACCACCCAGCCCGGCACCCGGGACGCGUGAGGAGAUGCAGGGUCUGUGGGAGGGGCCGCCUACCCUUCCGCGGGGAGUGUCCCCCACUGUGGCCGAGGGCUCCUGUGCCCCCGACGCCCGGCGGCUCCUGGAGGGGCGGGCGAGGACCUGUCUCCCCCCUCGGGCAUGUGCCACGACGUGGCGGGGCCGGGCCCGUCGCCCGAUCUGCACGUGGUCUCGGGUUCAGGAGAAGCUGGUGGCCCUGCAGGUGCCGUCCCUGCGACGUCCCCGCCUCCUUCCUCCAAGCCCCGCUCCGGGAACCAGCCGGCAGCUCGGGCGCGGGGCGGUGGGCCCCGUGCAGCCCCCACCAAAGCACCGAACGAAAGUGCCUCAUUCCUGUGCCAAACCCCGCCGGGGCCCGGGCGGCCUUCCUCCUCGGCCUGUGGCCCAGGGACUGCUGGCUCUCCCGGCCCGAGGGCCUGGGCCCUGGGAGCCGUCCAGCGGUCCCCGCGGGAAUCGGGGAGCAGACGGGCUGGUGCUGCCCCUGGAGGCGCCUCACACCCAGGUCUGACCCAGGACUGCGGGCCGGCCCUUCCCUUCCGGACGAAGAUGGACAGGCCUGCAGGGAAGCCAGAGCCGGACGGGGUGAGACGGGGGC